UUUGUUUACUCUGCUCACUUUGAUCGGGCACUUUUUUUGACAGUUGGCAUGUUAGCAAGGCAAUGCUAACCAGCAGAAACUCUUCAGAUAACAUGUCCGUAAAAUAGUCCGGACAAAUUUAAAAGUCCAGAGUGUUUUUUUGGAGUCAUUGUUCGUGAACCCGUAAUUGCCCGAGGAUGUUUUCGUCUGCCUGGAAUUUUGUUAAGCGCCACAAAAGAAAAUUUAUUUUCGCCGGAGCUUUAGUUGGAGGGGUGUACUUCCUGGGUAAAUAUGCCCAGAAGAAGAUCAGGGAGCUCCAGGAGAAGGAGGCGACGGAGUACAUUGCUCAGGCAAGAAGGCAGUUCCACUUCGAAAGCAACCAGAGGACCUGCAACAUGACCGUGCUGUCCAUGCUCCCUCCACUGAGAGAAGCCAUCGUCAAUCAACUCAACUCAGAAAGUCUCACUGCACUACUCAAGACCAAACCGGCCAAUAAACUGGAGGUCUGGGAAGAUUUAAAGAUCAUCAGUUUCACCCGCACCAUUGUUGCAGUGUACAGCACCUGCAUGCUGGUCGUUUUACUGAGGGUCCAGCUGAACAUCAUCGGAGGAUAUCUGUACCUGGACAACUCUGUUGGAAAGAACGGAACGACCCCUCUUGCUCCACCAGACGUCCAGCAGCAGUACCUGUCCAGUAUCCAGCAUCUACUAGGAGACGGUUUGACAGAGUUGAUGACGGUGGUGAAGAAAGCCGUACAGAACUCACUGGGAGGGGUGUCUCUGAAGCAGAGUCUGUCCCUGCUGGAGUUGGAGCAGCAGCUGAGUUGGAUCAGAGCGGAGGUGGAGGCCGGCUCCGAGCGGUCACUGUCCUGGUACCUGCUGGCCGACGACGAGAACGCGCUCGCCGACCAGGCGUGUGGGUUGACAGAAAACGACGUUCUGACCAUCAGACUGUUAAACGAGACUAGAGACAUGUUGGACAGUCCAGACUUCACCACUGUCCUAAACGCCUGCCUGAACCGGGGUUUCUCUCGUCUCCUUGACAACCUGGCCGAGUUCUUCCGCCCGCCUCCUGGUGACUCCGCCACCAGCUGUGCACCUGAUAGUCUGUCUGCAGUCAGUCUGCCGCUGGCGAAGAUCAUCCCUAUCAUCAACGGUCAGAUCAACACCAUCUGCAGUGAGACUCCCAGCCACUUUGUUCAGGACCUGCUGCUGAACGACCAGGUGAAGGAGUUUGCAGCCAACGUCUACGAGACCUUCAGCACGCCGCAGGAUCUGCAGAAAUAGUCAACCCAUCAGGAGGAGAAGAAGAGGUGGGUGCAAACAGAAAAGAUGAAAACCUUGGGCUGUUUACCCCUCAUCCUCCUCUGUGAGACACUUUUCUCCUCGGCAUCUUGCGGACUUUUCGCUCUGUGACGGGAAGAUUUGUGGCGAAAACGUCCAUUCACAGGGAGCGUCUGUGUCCCCUCUGUGAACAGCGCCAUGAUGGAUUACUGAAGUAUUAGAGGGGGAAAAGAUCUGCGACGGGUUUGUAGUCACAGCAGAGCCUGUGGUAAUCCCUGGGACCACUGCAUCAUGGGAACAAGAGUCUUGUUUAACCUGGUAAUGUCAUUUUAAUUUACUCUGAGACGUGGGAAAUAAGCGGGGAAAAACUGAAACUGUCAAAGAGCGCACUGAAGGAUCAGGCGCUACCGUUAAGAGCCGAUUUCCGUGUAUUCAGACAAGAUGAUACCGAAGCAACAUUAGUUCAAUUGGUUGAUAUGACGGAUUUUAGGAUGCUAUGUUUCGUGUCUGUUCAUGUCUCCAGCUGUUCGGUCUGCACUUUGGCCGUGUGUUUGGAGAUCACGAGGGUUUGCAAUGUGUUAGAUUUCCAUUUUUUAAAAUAAAUUAAUCCAGGUGGUAAAGGGGUGUGUGAACCAAUGGGGGCCGAUGCGGUUACGGUGGUGAUAUUCAGUGUUUUUAAAUUUGAGAAUUUUUGGCUUUUUCUUUUGACGGUGGUUAAAAAUCUGCAGCAGCUUGUGGGUUACUUGGGGGAUAUUACAACUUCUAAAAACACGACUAUCAAAGAGUGAGCCGGCAUCAGUGAUUAAUUCCAAAUUAACUAUGUAGUCAGAACAGCAACUUACCAGAUGUCCAUGACUUUCGGGGGACACGGUCUUAUGUUAAUAAAACACUGUUUUAAACAAACUCGUAUCAGUCCAGCCAAUGUUAUGUCUAGUUGCUCUUUGUGCAAACGAAAGAAAACUGCACUUCUUCUGGUGCAGAAUAAAAUUAAAAAAAAAAAAAAAAAAAAAUAAAACAUCCAAAAAUAAGAGGACAU